AUGAGCUUAACAUCCUGGUUUUUGGUGAGCAGUGGAGGCACUCGCCACAGGCUGCCACGAGAAAUGAUUUUUGUUGGAAGAGAUGACUGUGAGCUCAUGUUGCAGUCUCGUAGUGUGGAUAAGCAACAUGCUGUAAUCAAUUAUGAUGCCUCUACUGAUGAACAUUUGGUGAAAGAUUUGGGCAGCCUAAAUGGGACUUUUGUGAAUGAUGUUAGAAUUCCAGAACAGACUUACAUCACCUUGAAACUUGAAGAUAAGUUGAGAUUUGGAUAUGAUACAAAUCUUUUCACUGUAGUACGAGGAGAAAUGAGGGUCCCUGAAGAAGCUCUCAAGCAUGAGAAAUUUACCAUUCAGCUUCAGUUGUCCCAAAAAUCUUCAGAAUCAGAAUUAUCAAAAUCUGCAUGUGCCAAAAGCAUAGAUUCAAAGGUAGCAGAUUCUGCAACAGAAGUGCAGCACAAACCUACAGAAGCACUAAAAUCUGAGGAGAAAGUUGUUGAUACUUCUGCCAUGCCCCGUGGUACUCCAUUAUAUGGGCAGCCUUCAUGGUGGGGGGAUGAUGAGGCAGAUGAACAAAGACCUUUCAAGUCAAAUGGCAAACCCGAAGAGAAAAGUCACGAAACUGGAACAUCAGGGUGCAGCAUAGAUGCCAAGAAAGUUGAAGAACAAUCUGCAGCUGCAAGUGAAGAAGUACUUUUUCCUUUCUGUAGGGAACCAAGUUAUUUUGAAAUCCCUACUAAAGAAUUUCAGCAACCAUCACAAAUAACAGAGAGCACUAUUCAUGAAAUCCCAACAAAAGACACACCAAGUUCUCAUACAACAGGUGCAGGGCAUGCUUCAUUUACCAUUGAAUUUGAUGACAGUACCCCAGGGAAAGUGACUAUUAGAGAUCAUGUGACAAAAUUUACUUCUGAUCAGCGCCACAAGUCAAAGAAGUCUUCUCCUGGAACUCAAGACCUGCCAGGGAUUCAAACUGGAAUGAUGGCUCCUGAAAACAAAGUUGCUGACUGGCUAGCACAGAACAGCCCUCCUCAGAUGGUGUGGGAAAGAGCAGAAGAGGACUCCAACAGUAUUAAAAGUGAUGUUCCAGUUUACUUGAAAAGGUUGAAAGGAAACAAACAUGAUGAUGGUACACAAAGCGACUCAGAAAAUGCUGGGGCUCACAGGCGCUGUAGCAAGCGUGCAACUCUUGAGGAACACUUAAGGCGCCACCAUUCAGAACAGAAAAAACUACAGAAGGCCCAGGCUCCUGAAAAGCAUCAAGACCAAGCUGUUACUAGCUCUGCGCACCACAGAGGGGGGCAUGGUGUUCCACAUGGGAAAUUGUUAAAACAGAAAUCAGAGGAGCCAUCGGUGUCAAUUCCCUUCCUACAAACUGCAUUAUUAAGAAGUUCAGGGAGUCUUGGGCACAGACCAAGCCAGGAGAUGGAUAAAAUGUUAAAAAAUCAAGCUACUUCUGCUGCUUCUGAAAAGGAUAAUGAUGAUGACCAAAGUGACAAGGGUACUUAUACCAUUGAGUUAGAGAAUCCCAACAGUGAGGAAGUGGAAGCAAGAAAAAUGAUUGACAAGGUAUUUGGAGUAGAUGACAAUCAAGAUUAUAAUAGGCCUAUUAUCAAUGAAAAACAUAAAGAUCUGAUAAAAGAUUGGGCUCUCAGUUCUGCUGCAGUAGUCAUGGAAGAAAGAAAACCACUGAGUCCACCUGGAUUUCACAUCUCAGAGGAAGGUACAUCUUCGUCUGGAAACAAGCGUUGGGUUUCACAAUGGGCUAGUUUGGCUGCCAAUCAUACAAGGCAUGAUCAAGAAGAAAGAAUAAUGGAGUUGUCUGUACCUGUUCCUUUAGAGCAUGAUACAGAUAUCAGUGAAUCUGGCAUUUCACUGAGAAGUACCGGCUCAGCAGCUUCCUUGGCUAGUCAGGGAGAGAGAAGGAGACGAACCCUUCCCCAGCUUCCAAGUGAAGAAAAGUCUCUUGAGAGCUCCAGAACAAAGGUUAUAGCACAGAGGUCAGAGAUAGGAGAAAAGCAAGACACGGAGCUUCAGGAGAAAGAAGCACCUGCACAGGUAUACCAGAAAGAUAAACAAGACACUGACAGAGCCUUGAGUAAGACGAACAGGGCGGUAAAUGGUGAGACUCUUAAAAAUGGUGGAGAUAGUAAAGCCCUGCUUCACUUAGGCAGCUCUUACUCUGGGAAGGAGAAAAGUGAAACUGAUAAGGAAGCUUCUUUGGUAAAGCAAACAUUAGCUAAAAUCCAGCAACAAGAACAAAAGGAACAGGCACAGUGGACACCUACUAAAUUAUCUUCUUCAAAAAACAUUGCGGGUCAGAUAGAUAGAUGUAGGGAGGAGUCUUUUAAGCAGGAGUCACAGCCUCAAGAAAAAAUUCCAGGACUUUCUGCAGGCAAAGGAGAAAGAGCAAUACAAAACGAGGGUAAGAGAAGAAAAGCUGAGGAAAUUCUGAAAAGUCAGACCUCAAAGGGAGGAGACAAGAAGGAAUCCUCCAAGUCGUUAGUGCGACAAGGAAGCUUCACUAUAGAAAAACCUAGCCCCAACAUACCCAUAGAACUUAUCCCCCAUAUAAAUAAACAGCCUUUAUCAACACCCCCUUCCUUAGCAUUAACAACAGCCAGCAGAAUAAGAGAAAGAAGUGAUUCUAUGGAUACUGAUUCUAGUAUGGACACAACUCUUAUUCUAAAAGACACAGAAGCAGUAAUGGCUUUUCUAGAAGCUAAACUGCGUGAAGAUACUAAAACUGAUGAAGGCCCAGAUACUCCUAGUUAUAACAGAGACAACUCCAUUUCACCCGAAUCUGAUGUGGACACAGCUAGUACCAUCAGUCUGGUUACUGGAGAGACUGAAAGAAAGUCAACCCAAAAGCGAAAGAGUUUCACUAGUCUUUAUAAAGAUAGGUGUUCCACAGGUUCUCCUUCCAAAGAUGUUACAAAGUCGUCAUCUUCGGGUGCUAGGGAGAAAAUUGAAAAAAAAACAAAAAGUCGUUCUGCAGAUAUAGGUUCUCGGGCAGAGGGUCGUAAAUUUGUGCAGUCCAGUGGAAGAAUAAGGCAGCCUUCAGUAGAUUUAACAGAUGAUGACCAAACCUCUAGUGUACCUCACUCGGCCAUCUCUGAUGUUAUGUCAUCUGACCAGGAAACUUACUCUUGUAAAUCUCAUGGAAGGACUCCACUUACCUCAACUGAUGAGCACGCACAUUCCAAACUAGAAGGAAGUAAAGUAACUAAAUCCAAGACUUCUCCUGGAGUACCUGGUUCGUCCAGUAAAUCCACCACUCUCCCAAGGCCACGACCCACCAGGACUUCCCUCUUGCGCAGAGCCCGACUCGGUGAAGCUUCGGACAGUGAACUUGCUGAUGCUGACAAAGCAUCUGUUGCUUCUGAAGUGUCCACAACAAGUUCGACAUCCAAACCUCCCACAGGAAGGCGUAACAUUUCUAGGAUUGAUUUGUUGGCUCAGCCUCGUAGAACAAGGCUUGGCUCAUUAUCGGCUCGCAGUGACUCUGAAGCAACGAUCUCUAGAAGUAGUGCCUCUUCACGGACCGCAGAAGCCAUCAUUAGAAGUGGAGCCAGAUUAGUACCUUCAGAUAAAUUUUCUCCUAGAAUUAGAGCUAACAGUAUCUCUCGACUAUCCGACUCCAAGGUCAAAAGUAUGACCUCAGCACAUGGCUCUCCUUCAGUAAAUUCAAGAUGGAGGCGCUUUCCUACUGAUUAUGCUUCCACCUCAGAAGAUGAAUUUGGAUCAAACCGUAAUUCCCCUAAACAUACCCGUCUACGUACUUCUCCAGCCCUGAAAACGACUCGAUUGCAGAGCUCUGGGUCAGCAAUGCCUACUAGUUCUUCAUUCAAACACCGGAUAAAAGAACAGGAAGACUACAUCCGAGAUUGGACUGCCCAUCGAGAAGAAAUAGCCAGGAUCAGCCAAGAUCUCGCUCUCAUUGCUCGGGAAAUCAACGAUGUAGCAGGAGAGAUAGAUUCAGUGACCUCCUCAGGCACUGCCCCUAGUACCACAGUAAGCACUGCCGCCACCACCCCCGGCUCUGCCAUAGACACUAGAGAAGAGUUAGUUGAUCGUGUUUUUGAUGAAAGCCUCAACUUCCGAAAGAUCCCUCCAUUAGUUCAUUCUAAAACACCAGAAGGAAACAACUGUCGGUCUAGUGACCCAAGACCUCAACCAGCAGAGCCUCCUGAUCACUUAACAAUUACAAGGCGGAGAACCUGGAGCAGGGAUGAAGUCAUGGGAGAUAAUCUGUUGCUCUCAUCCGUCUUUCAGUUCUCUAAGAAGAUAAGACAGUCUAUAGAUAAAACAGCUGGAAAGAUCAGAAUAUUAUUUAAGGACAAAGAUCGGAACUGGGAUGAAAUAGAAAGCAAGUUAAGAGCUGAAAGUGAAGUCCCUAUUGUGAAAACCUCAAGCAUGGAGAUUUCUUCUAUCUUACAAGAGCUAAAAAGAGUUGAAAAGCAGCUACAAGCUAUCAAUGCUAUGAUUGACCCGGAUGGAACUUUGGAGGCUCUGAACAACAUGGGAUUUCCCAGUGCUAUCUUGCCAUCUCCACCAAAACAGAAGUCCAGUCCUGUGAAUGACCACAGCAGCCCGGGUCAGACACCGGCACUUUGCCAACCAGAAGCUAGGGUUCUUCAUCCUGCUGCUGGUGCGGUCUCAGCCGAAUUUGAGAAUGCCGAGUCUGAGGCUGAUUUCAGUAUACAUUUCAAUAGGUUCAACCCUGAUGGGGAAGAGGAGGACGUUACAGUACAGGAAUGA